ACCUGUACCUACUGAUCUGUAGCCAUCAAGCUGUCCUUUCAAUGGCUGAUCACCAACCCGAAAUCCUCUUAGUAACGUUUCCUUCCCAAGGCCACAUUAACCCUUCCCUUCAAUUCGCCAAGAGACUGAUAAGCAUCGGCGUUCAUGUCACCUUCAUGACGGCUGCCUCUGCCAUCCACCUCAUGAACAAAACUUCCCCUCUCCAAGGCUUAUCCUACGCCUAUUUCUCAGAUGGUUACGACCAUUGCUUUCAACUUACCGAUGAUAGCAACCAUUACAUGGCGGAGAUUAAGCGUUGUGGUUCUCAAACCUUGAGGGAGUUUCUUGCUCAAAGUAUUGAUCGAGGCACCAACUUCACUUGCAUUGUUUACUGCACUCUGGUUCCUUGGGUGGCAACGGUGGCUCGUGAGUUUCAUAUCCCAACCACGCUUCUUUGGAAUCAACCUGCUAGUCUUCUGAACAUCUAUUAUCAUUACUUCAAAGGAUAUGAUGAGAUCAUUAGCAAAGACAUCAAUGAUCCCUCAUUUUUGGUGAAAAUCCCAGGGUUGCCAUUGCUAUCUCGCCAUGACUUACCUUCCUUUUUCAUUCCUCCAAACUCACAUGUCAUGUCGCUGCUAGCAUUUAAAGCGCAUAUAGAAAUUCUUGACCAAGAGACCAACCCAAGAGUUCUAGUUAACACGUUCGAUGUGUUAGAAGCUGAGGCUAUAAAAGCCAUUGACAAGUACUACAAGUUAGUUGGAAUCGGCCCGCUAAUUCCAACUGCUUUUCUGGGUAGAAAAAAACUUGCUGAAACUUCCUCCGGAGGUGACCUUUUUAAAGUUACAAAAGAGUAUAGGGAAAUGGAAUGGCUCAACUCAAAGCCUGAAAGAUCAGUCAUUUAUGUAUCAUUUGGAAGCCUUUCGGUAUUGGCAAAACCACAGAUGGAAGAACUUGCAAAAGGGUUGUUAGACACAGGCCGUCCAUUUUUGUGGGUGAUAAGGGAAAGUGGAGAAGAGAAAGAAGAAGAAAUGGAGGGAUUGACUUGUCAAAAGGAUUUGGAAAAGCAAGGGAUGAUAGUGCCAUGGUGUUCACAAGUGGAAGUCCUUUCGCAUCCAUCUGUUGGAUGUUUCGUGACGCAUUGCGGAUGGAACUCAACGUUUGAAAGCUUGGUUUCAGGGGUUCCAAUGGUGACCUUCCCUCAAUGGACAGAUCAAGGAACAAAUUCAAAGCUCGUCCAAGAUGCGUGGAAGACAGGGGUGAGGUUGACAAAGAAUGAAGAAGGAAUAGUUGAAGGUCGUGAGAUAAAAAGAUGCUUGGAAAUGGUGAUGGGAGGCGACAUGAGAGGAGAAGAAAUAAGAAGGAAUGCCAGGAAAUGGAAAGACUUGGCAAGAGAAGCCGCCAUGGAAGGUGGGUCCUCCAACGCUAACCUUAAAGCUUUCGUGGUGAGCUUAGAAACACUUAAGUAAAGUAGGUCAAUCAUAUGUAAUGCCACUUCAAUGUGGUAUGAAUGUCAAAUAACAUAAAUUUCAACAAAAAAAAAAUUUAAAAAAAAAGAUUUUUCUUUUUA